CGCAGAACUAAAAAUGACAAACGGCGCGUCUAUGUCAGUGACAAAAGGAGGGACUUUUUUUUUCUCUCCUCGCCAUCGCACGCUCACUCACCUUUUUCACCCUCGUCACCAAACCAUCAGUGCAGCUCGAUGACGACGAUGCGUGGAGCACAGUCAUUGGCCAGAAUAGCAGGCCCCUCAUCACGAGGCUUCACGUCCACAUGCGCCGCGUCUACGUCGGGAGUGGCGCCAGCGACGUCGACGAGCCCUCGUCGACCCUCAGGCGCCCAAAGAGCGGCGAUGAAGGAGGCGAAGAAGAAGGACGACAAACUGCGGCGGGCCGUGGAGCUCUACCACCUGACUAGCUACUUUUUCCCCACGCCCAACAAUGCCGAGGCACCGACGGCGUCGUCGGCGUUAUCGUCUUCUGGCACGACCCGAAAGCAAGCAGAGGCCCUCGACGAGGAGCGCAUCAACGCCCACAUCCGCGAUGAGCUCGCCGUGGCCAUCGAUGACAGAGACUCGGUCACGAUGCGCUCAGCGCACGUCGUCCUCGACGGCGAACGCAACGGCUUCCUGGGCGAAGACAUCAACCGGGCCGGCCAGGCCUUUCUCCGAAACACGCGCGCCACCUCGCGCGGGCUCUUUGAUACGGACCUGGACCUUGAACGGCAGCGGGACGAAGACGAGCAGGGCGAGCUACCACUGCCGGCAGACCGCAAGGCGACGGCAGACUACAUCUCCAAGCUGGCCUCGUCGCGCGACGUGGUGCUUACGCGCCAGAAGUUCGAGGAGCUCAACGUGGAAAACAUGCGGAGCAUGCGGGUCCGGGACGCCCUCUUUGGCACCACGGGCGGCAGCCUGCCCGGCCUUGAGGUUGUGAGGGAAAGAAUUGAAGAACGGAAGGCGAGAGAAGCACAGGAAUCGUGAAUGGCAAAUCAUCAAUUGUAUGUUGUAUGUACAAACGUAACAGCGCUAGAAACCAUUGUUCGUCGAAUGUGGGUGGUAUCUUCUUUCUUUCUCUCUCUCUUUCUCUUUCUUUUUCUCGGCUUAGUGGCGGUAGCCGGGCGUUGGGUACUGCCGGUAGUAACCGCCAGUCUCGCCCAUGUCGCUAGCGUGGACCUUGCGGAAGCCGCCACGCUCGUCACGGAGCUGGUCGCGGUACCGGCCUACAAUGACGCACAGGUACGCAGCGACGAGGAGUACAAAGG